AUGCCUUAUCUAUUGCUUUUGAUAAGCGCCUACGAGCACAGCGGCCGUACGAUGCGAACGAGUAUUGCUGUGCUGCUCGGACUGCUCUUCAUCGCUGUCUUCUUGUUCGGCAUAUUCCUUCUACUACCAUUCCCUAUACUAAUAUUCCCUAAUAUUGUUAAAUCACAAGUCUACUUCAGGCAAGAAAAAGAUGGGCAGUUUCCCAAGGCUACGUUUUACUGGUCUCGGCUUCCUGCAACUCAGUACUUCAAUUUCUACUAUUUCAAUGUGACGAAUCCUGACGAAGUGCUGUACAAUGGUGAAAAAGCUCGUUUGGUGGAAGUUGGGCCGUACGUCUGGGCUGAAACCGAAUUCAAGCAGGAUAUCGAUUUUCGGAACAGUGGGAAUACAAUAUAUUACAAGAACAAUAAGACAUGGGUAUACUCGCAAGCGGAUUCUUGUGAUGGCUGUCAGCUCGAAGAUAUGCUUAUGCUUCCAAAUGCUGCUUACAUGGUAUGA